AAAACCGUGAACUUCAUUUGAGAAGUGAAUCUACGAGUGUUUGGAUAGCUUGCCGCCAUGAAGUUUUUGACGCUAGCCGUGCUGUGUGGACUUGCGGUCCUGUCCAGCGCGUUCACGAUGUCCGAGCUGGCUCGCAUUUCCGAGGAGUUCCGCGUCAUGUUUGAUGAGCUGCACGAGGAUAAGGACGCAUUUGUGAAUCUGGCCCGUAUCAUUACCCGUGCCGAGCUGAAGCUGCUGAACGAGGCAACCGCAAUGAAUCUGGCGGAAUCUUGGAGCGACAUCGAGCACCACUUUGACUACACCCGGUCGUUGAUCGCCGAGAUGAUCCUCGCACCGGAAGCCGACGAGGAGUGUCUACUGGGCCUGACGGAGGAGAUCGUUGCCGAGCAGAUUCGCGCAGCGGACGAGAUGAGCAACUGUGCCGCUGACAAGAUUGCCAUCAAGGAAGGCAUCGCCGACGAGUUCCGUGAUCUGGUCAACAUUUUGCAGCGUAUCUCUACGGCCGCCGCCGAGUACACGCUGUUCACGUACGCCUCGCACAACUCGUUCAUCGAUCCCGAGGGUCACAUCGAAUGGCUCGAGCGCAACUACCAGAACCAGGUUGACUUCUGGGAGAACGUGGCCCGUGCUGAAGCGCAGGAAGAUCUGGACAACCUGGAGAUCAACCGCCCCCAGCUGGUGGAGGAGAACCGCCAGUGUUUGGCUCGCAUCCAGGACGCGAUGGCCGAAGUCGAUCGUAGCAUUAACCAGAGGCUGCCGCGCUGCCUCGGAACGCGUCGUUAAAGUAAAGUGACGCUGCCGUGCGUUUGUUCUGUUUUCCCAAAAAUAAAUUACCUUCCGAUAAUCGA